UAUGAAAAACGAUUCAUUAACAUUUCGUGGACAGUUUUUGGCAUUUGCAAGCAAAUAGUAGAAUUUCAUCAUUCUUGAAAAUGGUACUGGAUUUAGAUUUAUUUCGAAGUGAUAAAGGCGGUGAUCCCGAUGCUGUACGCAGAAAUCAAGAAAAGCGUUUCAAAGAUGUAGGCUUAGUCGAGACGGUCAUCUCUGAAGAUAUGGAAUGGCGACGAAGACGUCACCAAGCCGACAAUUUGAAUAAAGUGAAAAAUCUCUGCAGCAAAGUCAUUGGUGAGAAAAUGAAAAAAAGGGAACCGUUAGGCGAUGAGUCAGAUGAGAUACCGACAGAAUUGCAAAGCCCUUUCACUGAACUCAACAUUGAAAAACUGUCCGAGUUAUCGGUGAAUCAGAUUAAAAAAGUGCGCUUACUAAUUGAUCAGGCAAUGAAUGAAAAUGAAAGCCUAUUGCAAGCAAACGAAGAGAAACGUAAUCUAGCCUUGCGGGAAGUGGGCAAUCAUUUGCAUGAAUCAGUACCGGUGUCUAAUGAUGAAGAUGAAAAUAAAGUGGAACGUAUGUAUAGCAAUUGUGAGAAACAAGCCAAGUAUUCGCAUGUAGAUCUGAUCGUUAUGAUUGAUGGAAUGAAUGGUGAUAAGGGCGCCGUUGUUUCCGGGGGACGGGGGUACUUUUUAACUGGCCCAGCUGUAUUCUUAGAACAGGCUCUUAUACAGCAUGCUUUACAUAUGUUAUAUGCGAAAAACUACACGCCUUUAUAUACCCCUUUCUUUAUGCGCAAAGAAGUAAUGCAAGAGGUGGCUCAAUUAUCUCAAUUCGAUGAAGAGCUUUAUAAGGUUGUUGGUAAAGGAAGCGAACGAGCCGAGGAGGGAUCAAGUGAUGAGAAAUAUUUGAUAGCGACUUCUGAGCAGCCGAUAGCUGCUUAUCAUCGUGACGAAUGGCUAUCCGAGUCGGCAUUACCCAUUAAAUAUGCCGGCUUAUCCACUUGCUUCCGUCAAGAAGUCGGUUCUCAUGGUCGCGAUACUCGUGGCAUAUUCCGGGUUCACCAGUUCGAAAAAGUGGAGCAAUUUGUUUUAACAUCUCCUCAUGACAACAAAUCUUGGGAAAUGAUGGGUGAAAUGAUCGGCAAUGCAGAAGAUUUUUGCCAAUCUCUCGGCAUUCCAUAUCGUAUUGUAAACAUUGUCUCAGGGGCUCUUAAUCACGCUGCAGCUAAAAAGCUAGAUUUAGAAGCAUGGUUUCCCGGGAGUGGAGCGUUCCGCGAGUUAGUCUCUUGCUCGAAUUGUUUAGAUUAUCAGGCGCGACGCCUUCUGGUGCGUUACGGGCAAACCAAGAAAAUGAAUGCUUCCGUCGAUUAUGUUCACAUGUUGAACGCUACCAUGUGUGCCACCACCCGUGUUAUUUGCGCCAUUCUGGAAAAUCAUCAAACCGAAACUGGCGUUACAGUUCCUGAACCUUUAAAGAAAUACAUGCCCGAAAUUUAUCGCGAGGAGAUACCAUUUGUAAAGCCAGCGCCAAUCGAAUUGGAAGCAGCGUCAGCGAACAGUAAAAAAGUUAGCAAAAAUAAUAAAAAAGAUAGAGCAGCUUAAGAAAUCUUCUUUGGGACGAAGAUGUUAAUGCAUUUCUGAACGGCUUAGCUUUAAAACUUUUACUAUGGUAUACACAAUCUCUCUCCUCAGAGGCUUAUCAGCUAUUGUUGUUUUCUAAUUAAUUAAACAUUCACAUUUUGCAAAUAAGAUGAAAAAAAAAAAAGAAAACACUUAUGCAAUGAUCCAAAGUGAUUGCAACAUUUAA